AGUUUGGAUAACCAAAGAAGAGAGAAGUGAGAGAGAAAGGUGAGGUACAUAAAUGUUCAUCAUCAUCAUCUCAUUUAACAGUCUCUCACUCUUUCUUCCUCGAUCACUCUUCUCUAAUCUAUCUCUAUUCUCUGUCGAUCUACUCUCCCUCACAAACAGAAUGAGAGCAUAACACCCCACCAUACCCACCAUAUUUACAGCCAUGCCAUCCCGCCCAUCACCACCACCGGAACCCCUCAAUUACCACCACCACCAGCACCGCCACCACCACAUUCCUCUCCUGUCCAUAGUCCUUCCAGCGACCCUGACCCUCCUCGUCCUCCUCUUGUUAACUCUCCUUCUUCUUCUCCACCGCAAGCUCUCCCGCAACCGCACCACCCCCUCCGACGAACACCAGCGCCGCUUCUCCUACACCCUCCUCCGGCGCUCCGCCUCCUCCUUCUCCUCCUCUGCUCUCCUCGGCCACGGUGGCUUCGGCGCAGUCUACAAGGCUACCCUCCCCUCCGGCCAGUGCUUGGCUCUCAAGCUCAUGGACUCCCCCGGCUCCCUCCAGGGCGAGCGUGAGUUCCACAACGAGCUCUCAAUCGCCUCCGCCCUCUCCUCCCCGCACGUCCUCUCGCUCCUUGGCUACUCCUCCGAUCGCCGCCGCCGCAAGCUUGUGCUCGUCUACGAGUACAUGCCCAACCGUAGCCUGCAGGACGCGCUGCUCGACAACAAAUGCGUGGAGCUCAUGGAGUGGAAGAAAAGGUUCGACAUUGCGACCGAUAUCGCAAAGGGUCUGGCUUACCUGCACCAUUUCUGUGACCCGCCGGUGAUCCACGGCGAUGUCAAGCCCAGUAAUAUUCUGCUCGACGCUGAUUUCAAGGCCAAGAUUGGGGAUUUCGGCUUGGCGAGGUUGAAGACGGAGGAUCUCGUGGAGAAGAGGGAGGGUGUGGUCGAGUGUGGAGAGGACAACGGGUCGAUUCUGGAGGAGACGGAGAGCGUGACUACUGGGUUCGAUGAGGGUGGUGCUGGGGUGGUUACUGAUCAGUCCCCGGAGAGCUGCGUGGUGAGAAUUUUGGAUUCGGAGGCGUCGCCGGAGAAUAUGGCGGUGUCGCCGGAAGUUGGGCUCGACAAGGCGAGCGCAUCGGACGGGUGCUUCGAUAAGUUGAGCGUGGAUAGCGGCAAGGAUUUGAUCGGAAAUGGUAGAAAAAAUGGGGGUUCGAGGAGGGAUUGGUGGUGGAAACAGGACAAUGGAGGUGUGUCUGAGUCUGGGAGAGUGAAGGACUACGUGAUGGAGUGGAUUGGGAGUGAGAUAAAGAAGGAGAGGCCCAAGAGCGAGUGGAUUGCGUCCCCGAGCUCGGCGGAGAACGAUGGGUUGGGCUUAAAGGUUGAGCAGAAGCAGAAGCAGAAGCAGAAGCAGAAGAAGCAGAGGAAGAGAUUGGACUGGUGGGCUUCAUUGGAUGAGGAAAGGAUGGCGCGAAGGAAAGAGAAGACUCGGAAGCCGAGAGAGUGGUGGAAGGAGGAGUUUUGCGAGGAGCUUUCUAAGAAGACAAAGAAGAAACGAGCGCUUGGUUCGACUAGCGGUACAGAAUUGUGGUGGCAGAAGGACGAUGAUGACGAAGAGGAUGUGGUCCGCCAAGAGAGGAAGAAGAAGAGGAAGAACAAGAACAGCAGAGGUAGCAUUGAUUGGUGGUUGGACGGACUGAGUGGCGAGCUUAGAAGUGGGCGGAGAAAUAGCCAGGAUUGGACUAAUGGAGGAGGAGAUAUACCCAAGAGCGGUGGUGUUAGUAGCACCCCCAGCAUGCGAGGAACUGUUUGUUACAUUGCUCCUGAAUAUGGUGGCGGUGGGCUGCUCUCCGAGAAGUGCGACGUUUAUAGCUUCGGAGUUCUGCUAUUGGUCAUUGUUUCUGGGCGUCGGCCGCUCCAAGUGACGGCGUCGCCGAUGUCAGAGUUUGAGAGGGCCAAUCUGAUCUCAUGGGCUCGGCAGCUUGCUCGCAAUGGGAAGCUUUUGGACCUUGUUGAUUCGUCUAUUCAUUCGUUGGAAAAGGAACAGGCUUUGCUCUGCAUCACAAUUGCACUUUUGUGUCUUCAGAAAUCGCCUAGUAAGCGACCCACAACCAAAGACAUCGUGGGGAUGCUGACUGGCGAGGCUGAGCCACCCCACCUGCCGUUCGAGUUUUCCCCGUCGCCGCCUUCUAGUUUUCCGUUUAAGUCCCGGAAGAAGGCCCGGUGAGUUUGUUUGAUGCUUGUUGCUAUUUCCAUUAACUGUAGAGAUCAACGUACUGUUCUGUUGUAGGGCAUUUCUAAUUUUUCGUUGUUUUGUAGAAAUCGAUCAAGAAAGAAGAUAAACGGAUUGUUAUAUAUAUUUGAUGAAUGAAUUCAGGCUGUUUUUGUUCUUUUGCUUCA